AUGAGAGAAGUGUUGUCUCACAUAUCGACAUGUGACCGCGCUCGGGCCUGCCUUCGCCCGCACUGUGUUUCUUCGAAAAUUGUGAUAAACCACUGGAGAACAUGUGUGAAUCCAGACUGUCCCGUCUGUUCACCUCUACGGGAUUCCUCCCAACACGCGCGAACCAAGGCGGAUAUUAGUGCCCAGAACAUAUCCGGUGAAAAAAAUGCGAACACCUUUCCUUACGAGGGAAACAGCGCUGCACAGGCCCUUUCUCGGUCAUGUAGCGCAGUUCCCGAUGCAAUUCCUCUAAGCCAUUUGUCAAACUGUUCAAAUGGCACCAGUUGGCGGAAUGAGGUGAAUAACGCGACACGUGAGCGCUACAUCAAAAAAUUGUAAGUUAAAUAUCGCUAACUGUAUUGGCAAUUUAGUUACAAGGAGCUUUUCCUGCCGAAUCUGACGGUGCCGUCCGACCGAAGAGCGAUCCUCAUAAUGGACAGGGUGAAAACCUAUGAAAAGGAACUCUACACAAAUUCUACUAGUAGGGAAGAAUAUCUUGAGAAGUUGUCCCGGUACUACCGCAGCAUACAAAAUGAGCUGAAAAACGCUUCUCGUAGUAUCUCUAGCGGUUUGAGUAACGGAACAUCCUCACCGCUGCCCUGUAAAGUAGAGCCACCGUCUUCGAAUGACAUGACUUUUGCUCAAGGCGGGUCGGAAGUCGUCCAGUCAGACUGCACGCACCGGAAUAACUUCAAUGGUGCUGAACAAUUCCAGUCAAAUGAGUUGGUUCAACCAAGUAAUACUCUGAUGAAAAUUGAACCGGCCUCCGAAUCACCUCAAAUUACUGUUCCUACGUGCGAGACUUCGACGACUACUCAGAAUUCUAUUUCCGAUUCGACGGCCGUUGAGGUAAAGCAGGAAGCAGUUAUUACCCAAACGACUUCGGGGAAACCGCCAGUUCUUGUUAAUGGCGAAGGAAGAGGACCAAAACAAGACAGAUCCGUGCCUGAAAUGAUGUCUGGAUUUUUGCCGUCGUCUCCUCCGUCCGCCGUCUCACAAAGCGCAGAUUUAAAGGGGUCGAAGUGUGUAUCGUGGUCUCGCGAAGAAUUGUUGUAUACCUUUUCGCCCUUACUCCAAGAGCUCAAACUAGAAAGUUCCGCGUUGCCGUUCCUCCAACCCGUCCAGUACAAGGAGCUCGGACUUGUAGAUUACUUGAGCGUUGUCAGUACUCCCAUGGAUCUGUCCCUCAUCGAAGAAAAAUUGAACAAUGGUGAAUACAGGGAUCCUUGGGGUGUUGUGGAUGAUUUUUGGCUUAUGUUCAACAAUGCGUGGCUGUAUAAUAAGAAAGCUUCCAAAGUGUAUAAACACUGUUCACAGGUAAUCCCGAGUUCCAUGUAAUAUGUCUUCUAGUUGGCUGAAAAAUUUGAAAGCCUAGUUGACCCGGCAAUGCAAUCGCUCGGUUUCUGUUGCGGCCGUGAAUACGUGUUUUACCCCCAUGUUUUGGCUUGUUUGACCGAAAAGUCAUGUAACAUAAACAGGGAUGCCGUGUAUUAUGCCUUUGACAACUCGUAAGCACUUUUUUAUGACGUAAAUGGUCGUAGUGACAAGAAGAAACCAGGACUGCUAUGGGACAAAUACAUUGUCUGUGAGAAAUGUUUUCUCGAAGCUGACGAAAAAGUUGCUAUAGACGAUACCAACUCCACUGUGUAAGUCCACUUGCUUUUUUUACUCAUUUAAACUAUCAAGUUUUCUAGAAAAGUCCCUCUUCGAGAAACAGAAAAAUAACAUAAUCGUCAAGGAAGAUUUUGUCGUUUGUCGUGAAUGCGGUCGAAAAUGGCAUAAAAUUUGCGCUUGUUACAUGGAAGAGAUUUGGCCAACCGGGUUCGUGUGCCCCAAGUGCAUUAAAGAUGGUUCGCUUACUCGGCCACCGAACCGUUAUACUGCGAGACGACUCCCACCCUGCAAGCUAAGUAACUACUUGGAGAAGCGUGUCAAUGACUUCAUGAAACGAAAAGGAAAUAACGGGAGUAGCGUCAUCGUGCGUGUUCUUGCAAGCGCGGACAAAACGAUGGAGGUGAAGAAGUACAUGCGGAAGCACUUCGUUGAGAAAGCGAACUUUCCCGAAUCUUUUCCUUAUCGAGUGAAAGCGAUUUUCGCCUUUCAGGAAAUCGAUGGACAGGAAGUGUGCUUUUUCGGCCUUCAUGUACAGGAGUAUUCUUCCGAAUGUCCUGCGCCUAACAACCGACGUGUCUACAUAGCCUACUUGGAUUCAGUCCACUUUUUCCAACCCAAACAAUAUCGAACUGAUAUAUAUCAUGAAAUAUUAAUAGGCUAUAUGGAGUAUGCCAAACAACUCGGUUUUGCUACAGCGCACAUUUGGGCCUGUCCACCGGGCGAAGGUGACGACUAUAUUUUCCACAUGCAUCCUGCGGAGCAGAAGAUACCGAAACCACGUCGCUUACAGGAGUGGUAUCAAAAAAUGCUAAAAAAGGCGCACAACGAACGUAUUGUUGCUGAUUACAACGAUAUUUGCCAAGAUUCCGGUGAUGUCGACUCAUUUUCACCUGCCGACCUGCCCUACUUUGACGGUGAUUACUGGCCAAACACCUUGGAGGACAUUUUCAAGGUUGGUCUUGAUUUACUGACUUAUGCAAUUAAACAUCAAGUCUUCAGAAUGCAUAUUACUAGCAAUGUCAAUUUUUGUAACCUGUGAUUACUUUAUUCGUUAACUUUCACCUUGUUUUCUAAAGUGGCCUUCAAUCCCGAUAUGUUGUUUCAUAGACUAGUGAUUUGCGCUACCAAAGCCAUUUUGUACCUUAAAUUGUAAUACAAGGGCCAUCCAUCCCCUUCUCGUAGCGGUACUGUGCAAAUACGACGUUGCCAAAAUAAUUCCGUCAAGAUUUUCAGUUUUUAUACCUAAAUAGCCUAACUCUUCUUUCACAAACCCAGAGCGAAUAUUGCUUGUGAGUGGCCCCGCCACCCUGUCCUUUAAAUUAUUGCUCAACGUUAUCGCUCUUCAGACACCUUAAAUGCGUAUUGUAGCUGUCCAAUGAACAAGCUAAAGGGAGUAGAUCUGUCAUGGAACUUCGGCCGAACGGAUGAGUUUGAUGCCGUGUUUGCUGUUUCACUUCGAUGCUCAGAGUUUUAGAACUCUCAUCUCCCGAAAGUAUUCCAACCUUGACAUGUUUUUCGGCGUUCCGAUUCGGCGUGGUUCUCUUUGUGGGAACAACUGCUUUUUGUAGUUACGGAGUGCGUUUUGGCCGGGUUUCUGUGUUAUUUCACUUGGGAGUAAAUUUCUGCAUUGGACAGUCAUCGCCAGCAGUGAAGUUUUUCAUUGCUUACCUUCACAACAUUUGGCCGGUAGCUUCGUUUUUAGACUUUUAACGGCAGAAGUCACUUUGCGGCCUCCGUCUCCUUCCUCCACCUGUGUCCUAAAAACAGAUGCCAUUCUUUUUUAUUAGUUACUGAACGUUUUGUGGUACCGACCACAAGUAAUUUGCCGUCAAGUGCUCUGUUCCUGGCCAACUAACUGUUUCAUUUCUUUAGUCGGUCGAAGAGGAAGAGAACAAACGCAAACGAGAAGAGGCGGAACUGGCUAAAGGUGAUGAUAUUGAAGACGUGGUUGACGAGGACAGCAAUCAUGGGGACUCCGAUCGUAAACCUGGGAAAAAGAAGGCGAAGAAGCGAAAAAUGAAACGCACCACGUCGGCUAUGGCUCUUGGAAAACGUAAGCGCUUCAAUGGCCUAGGGAUUUCCGACCCAGGGUCUGAAGUCGCCCGUAAGGUGUAUGAAAUCAUGGAGAAGAACAAAGAGACCUUCUUCGUAAUCCGACUUCACCAGCCUAGUUCUGUUGCUUCCCUUGGGCCGAUAAAAGAUCCCGAUCCUCUUAUAACAUCAGAACUCAUGGAAUGCCGUGACAACUUCUUGGGCCGUGCGCGGGAGAAGCACUUGGAAUUCUCUUCCCUUCGACGCGCCAAGUACUCUACUCUGGCUUUUAUGUAUGAAAUUCAUACCGAGAAUCGAAGCUCGUUAAUGUACACAUGUAAUAAGUGUAGCAACCAAAUCAGUGUGCCAUGGCAGUGCGUACAGUGUGAUGACUAUCAUCUGUGCGAUUCCUGUUACAAACAGAAGAAACAUCCUCAUGCCAUGACCCAGGUUAAUGUUGCGGAUGGUAAUCUGAACGAAGAUAGUAAUGGGGCCACUGUACAGGAAUCAAGCAGGAAUUUAGUUGAAAGAUUUGUGGAGCUACUAGAGCACACGUAUUCCUGCCGCGACGCCAACUGCUAUAUCAAGGCUUGUCAGGGGAUGAAGAAAAAACUAGAACAUUUCAAACUACAUCAUGAUUGGGCGAAGUGUCCUAAUUGCAAGCAUGUCUACACUUUCCUCAUAGCCCAUUCCAAUAAAUGCCACGAGACCAAGUGCCCCGUUGCCCUGUGUGACAAGUUUAAAGCUAAGAAGAAGCAGCAAGAAAGUCAGCGCAGGAUGAUGCAGGUUCAGCAUUUGAGGCGUCGGCAGGCGACAAUGCAACGUAGCAACAGCAAAACACCACAACAGCAGCCAAAUACGCCACAGCCGCCGAGCGUUUCAGUUUGUCAUUUGCCAUUAUCUCAAACGAACGUUCAACAGGCUAGCCCAUCGGUUUCGCAAUGCACCCCGACCUCGUCAGAGCCCCCACUUAGCUUCUCAUCACAGAACUCUCUCACUUCACCCAAUUCUGCACAUUCUAGAAAUUCUCCCACAAAGUCUACUAACACGCCAUUGCAUCAACCCGUUGGGGCACCGCUUGUUAGCAGUAGAUCGCUACAGUACUCCCACUCCUCUCCCUACCAACUCUCAGGGCUACAAAAUCCCCAGCAGCAGACGGCCCCAUCGCCGGGGAAUUCCCAUAAGGCAUGCCAUUCCCAACCGUCGUCGGUAACCCAACAACAAACGCAACAGCAACAAGUCCAUAGUAAUCAUCAUCAACAACAGCAGAUGUUCGUUGCCUCUCCAAACGUCUGUGAUUAUCAGCCGGUGCCAGCCUCCAGUGCCACGGCUGCCUCGCAACCGCCGACUUACAACGAAUCGACGCAGGCCAUGAUUCAGAUGUCCAAUUCGUCAUAUGCCCCGCAACCAAUGUUACAGCAGUACUUCCCUCGGUCUAACCUCCACUCGCCUCAUGGUCUGAAGAGUUAUGCAUCGGCUGACCAGCUCAUGGUUGCGAAUAACCGGGAUCAGAUGCAGUUCGUAAGACAACCCCCUCAACAGAGGCCUGAUGAUCUGUAUGCCCAAAAUCCUGGUGUUCUUCGCAUGCAGUCCUCUUUGGGUUAUGAAGGCGUCCACACUCAUCAACAGCAACAACAGCAGCAGCAACAACAACAACAGUUUAUGGCUUCGCAACGGGCGCAGUUCUCGAUCAAUCGGAGCUCACCCUCCUUCCAGGUAUCACAAGAAAUUAUGGACACGAGUCCAGAUGUCCACCCACAAAUGCAGUUUGUGUCUGCACAGCAACAGCAGCAACAUAUGGAACGACAACAGCAUCAGCAGAUGAUGAUGAUGAUGAUGAGCAAACGUCAUCCCUCCCAAGACGGUGGCGAAGUGAUGUUGUCAGCGAUGAACGAGUGCGGCGAACCCCAAGUGGCGCGAACAAUGGCAGUGCCCUCACUGCAACAACAUCAGCUACAGCCACAACACAUGCCUCCUCAACCUGUUUCAAUGUCUGGCCAGUGGAAUCCUCAGCCCCAGUCAAAAAUGGUGACGAGGCCCUCUGCUUCUCCGCAGGGCCAAGUCAUAGGCUCCAUAGCCACGCAGCACCAGCCUCAAUUAGCGCCUCCGCACAACACUAUCUCUCAAGAGGAUCUGCGAGUAAUGCAACAAAUGCAGCCUGCAGGUCGUCAGAAGGCCGGACCGCUGCUGGAAGUAAGUCUGGUCUAUCUACGUUGCCACACAUUUACUAACGCUUUUUCGCUUUGUAACACCGGCCGAGUUAAACCGGAAACCACCUUGACAAUUGGAAGUUCGCGAAGCCAUCUUCACAUUGAAGUUCAAUUAAUUCACAGUUCUGGCUGACCCUUUACUGACUAUUCUGUCGCCCGCCGUAAACUUGGUAGUAUAACGGGGUCAGUGUCGUUUUACGCUGACAAAACCUUUAGCUUAAAUGACGGAAUAACCAGCAGGUAGCGGAAAGUUAGCCAGGCCUAUACCACUCAUCCGUGUUGAUGCGACCGUUUUGCAGCGGAUGGCCGACUCAGAUACUCGUUUAUAUUAUUGCCAAUGUAUUGGUCACAAAUCAGGGCGAUAAAAAGAUUUAGAUGAAUCGGGCCGCCUGUCGGGGAAGUAAUGAUUCCUCUGAAUAAAAUCCUUUCACAUGAGACACCCAGUUGGAACCAGCGGCAGCCCACUGUUGCCACCGAUACUUGCCGCACUACUUAUCCACCAGUGCAUUUAUUCUGCGGAAGUCCGUCUCGUCCUUGAGCAACUAUUUUUGUUGACUGCGUAAAUCGAGCCUCAUUUUAAUGUUGAUGAUACUGCACUGGCCGACCUCAGUCUGCAACUGUUAAAUAAGAUCUGGGCGUUUGUGCUCUGACAAGCAGUAGGCAUCAACUUGGUAUCGCAUUUCAUUCACACACAUGCCCGCGGUGUGGCGCUCUGGAUAUUUUCCGCGCCAUGUUUCCUUUACCUUUCAUAAAUUCGUAAACAGAGGCAUUCAAAGGUUUUGGGUAGCAAGUGUUGUAUCGAUCUCCCAUAUCCUGUUUUUCGGUUAAUUCUACCCCGGAAGUCCACUUUACCACAGCCUGGCCGCCCCUAAACUCCUUGCGAUCACGCCGUAGUUCUUUGGUCUUUAAAAUGAAGGUCAGCGCGCGUGUGUGUGUGUCUAGGCGUAUUUUGUGCAUCCGCGAAAUCUGUGCCCUCAACCUUGGCUUAGUGUCUUCUGCACAAAUCAUCACUUUGCACAUUUAUGUACUUUUGCUUCAAUUUUUGCACUUAUCGUUGCUGCCUUUUCGAUUACCCAUUAUAGGAUAAUCAGCAGUGCUUCCCUCCUUGGUUUGCUAAACAGCAACAGCAGGAGCAGCAACACACGCUCCCUCAGUAUUCAUCACAGUGCCUGGCCACCCAGCAAAUGCCGUCCCAACAUGCUCCUCAGCCGGUUGUGCGAAACGGGCCAUCUUCGAUGCCUUACGGUAGUGGGGUACCUCCCCAACAGCAGACUCUUUCCCAAAACCUGCCCAUUUCCCAGCUUCAUGAGUUAUCUCGUUCCCCUUUUCAAGUGCAACACUCUGCUCCAGGGUAUGCACCUAAGUCGCAGCAAAGUGGAUGGGCGAUGACAGUCCAACACCAACAACAGCUUUCCCAGCAACAACAGCAGCAUCCGCCGCUGCCACUAUCGCAGCAGGCGCCACAGCUGCAGGAUCGCAUCCGACUUUCGCAACCAAACCCCACUGGUGCUGCAUCCUAUUUUGUUAACCAGACAGCCAGGCCACAGGAUUACCAGUCUCUUACUUUCCCAAGGACUGCUAUGAACACGGAUGGAUCCGUUUCUCCCGCGCCGCUGCAAAGUGUUAUGCCGCAACAGCAUCAGCAGUCUCAGUCGAUGUCCCAUGCCACCCAGUCUUCGGGUCGGCUCACUCUCCCCUCCGCUCAGACGUUCCAGAAUGCGCCGCGUUACCCUGGGCCCAGUUCUCUCCCCCCAUCCUCGUUGUCUUCGUGUUCCUCUUCAACUGCCCACAUGCACCUUCAGAUGCAUCAACAGGGGCCUCCCCGUGCGCGCACUCAACUGACAGUCCAGGGCGGGCGAAUGAUCUCGGGUCUUUCUACUGCCUCCCCUAUUGGCGGCUCGUCGGCCUCCUGCCCGAUGCUCUCACAAAUGGGCGAAGUCCAUAUGCGUUCUGGUAGUGGGCCACCUAUGCAGCAUGCCAUGAUGACUGGCAGCAGCGGCAACGUGGCUCCCUCUCGACCGCCCUUCCCCCAGCAAUCCUCCGCAAGGCUUUCACAACUCCUUGACCCGGGCCAGCUACCACCGGCUCAACUGCAGCACCAGUCCUCCCCGCCUUUUCCUUCGCCCCUUCCUCACCGACUGGAUUUUCUUCCACCAAAGCCCUCGGGAAUGAUGCCAGCAGCGCAUCCUCACUAG